CCGCCUGCUGCGUCCGCCCCGCGUCUCUCCUCCCCCUCCUCGCCUGCUCACUCCUUCAGGACCGGCUGCUGCCCACGUUCCUCCGGUACAACACCGCUCCCCGGUGCAUUUUUAGUCCGCUGUAGCACUGUACCAGACCACACAACCACCCGGACAACAUGGCAUCGGGCGUCACCGUCAACGAUGAGGUCAUCAAGGUGUUCAACGACAUGAAGGUGCGCAAGUCUUCGUCGCCGGAGGAUGUGAAGAAGAGGAAGAAGGCGGUGCUGUUCUGCCUGAGUGACGACAAGAAGCAGAUCGUGGUGGAGCCGGGCAAGCAGAUCCUGGUGGGCGACAUCGGGGACACGGUGGACGACCCGUACGCCUGCUUCGUCAAGCUGCUGCCGCUCGGCGACUGUCGCUACGGCCUCUACGACGCCACCUACGAGACCCGCGAGUCCAAGAAGGAGGACCUGGUCUUCAUCUUCUGGGCACCAGAGGGCGCUCCGCUGAGGAGCAAGAUGAUCUACGCCACGUCUAAAGACGCCAUAAAGAAGAAGUUUACAGGUAUCAAACACGAGUGGCAGGUGAACGGUCUGGACGAGGUGCAGGACCGUGCCACGCUGGCGGAGAAGCUGGGAGGCAGCGUGGUCGUCACCCUGGAGGGGAAAGCACUGUAGGGCCCCGCCCUCCGCCACCGCCUCUA